AUGAAGGAUGACCGCAUCGCUGUAACCACGAAGAGAGGCUUGGAUGGGUUUGUGGUUCCCCCUCCGCACCCCAAAGUGAUGUGCAGAAAUGAGGCUCAAAGUCAGGAAAUGGAUAGAUAUAAGACAUCAUUGGGGAUGAGGAAACGAUUGCGACUUUACCAAACAGCUCUGAAAGAGUUGAGUAGUAGCUCCGGACAUCAUGACCCCCAGCUCAUUGCUGCCUCCAACUCCUUGGUGUUCCCUGGCCUUCACAAACAGCCUCCUGAGGCCUCCGCCAGUGGCACUUUGAAUGGACUCCUGCGACUGGGGCUCCCCAGAGAAAUGAACACGCGCCCUGAAGCCUUCUCGCCAGGACCAGUGGCCCACAGCAACGCCCUAGCAGCUACAGGGGCCCUGCAUGGCUAUGGGAGCAUGAACCUGACCGUGAACCUCGCUCUGCCCCAGGGUCCCGGUGCCUUCUUCCGUUACAUGCGCCAGCCCAUCAAACAGGAGCUCAUCUGCAAGUGGCUGGCGGUCGAUGGCUCCGAGCUCCCGCAACUCUGCUCCAAAACUUUCAGCACAAUGCACGAGCUGGUCACGCAUGUCACUGUGGAGCACGUCGGCGGCCCAGAACAGGCCAACCACAUCUGCUUCUGGGAAGAGUGUCUGCGCCGGGGCAAGCCCUUUAAAGCCAAAUACAAACUUGUAAAUCACAUCCGCGUUCAUACAGGCGAGAAACCCUUCCCCUGUCCUUUCUCGGGGUGUGGGAAGGUCUUUGCUAGAUCAGAAAAUCUCAAAAUACACAAAAGAACUCACACAGGGGAGAAGCCCUUCAGGUGCGAGUUCGAGGGCUGCGAGCGACGCUUCGCCAACAGCAGCGACCGCAAGAAGCACUCGCACGUGCACACGAGCGACAAGCCAUACACGUGCAAAGUACGCGGCUGCGACAAGUGCUACACACACCCCAGCUCGUUGCGUAAGCACAUGAAGGUGCACGGGCGCUCACCGCAGCCUCUUAGCUCUGGCUACGUCUCUGCCACGCAGUCUGCCGUUGUGUCGCUUUCGCUUUCAUCGAACUUCGGCCGCGAGCCCCUGGUGGCCUCCUCGGCGGCAGUAGUGGCGCGUGGCGUCGAAUUGAGAGAAUGAUGUCCACCGCGUUGCUCCUAAGGUAAUCUCGUCCGGCGCAGCUGAGAGCCCACAUCUUGCGCCUGUGACAUCAAAGGGCCCGCACACAAAGCAAUGUUUCUUCGCCACGGUGCAUCUUCAUGGUAAGUUAGGAUUUCUAUGGCAAUGGGCAAGUCGCACUGAAAUCCUGAAAGGCCAAGCCUGGAGCCCAUCCAGGCUUUUCAUUAAGGACAUAAUAUUUACGUCUAACAGGCCUUUCCCCCUGUGUAUACAAGUAUAUAUUUUUGUUUGACGCAGACUAAAUCAUUUUCAUUUAAUUUCCGGUAAACAAAACCCACACGAAUGGGCACUUGUUCUCGAUCAUAAUAAAAAUGGAUAAUAAUGGGAGAGAAGAAAAAGGCCGUUUGAAUUGCCGCUCAGCCCUCUUUGUUUCUGCUUUCUGCGGUGAUCAGAGGGCGAGUUUCUAAAGGCGAGGAAAUGGUUUUUAAGAGGGGAAAGAAAAGGAGAAGGGUCUAAUCAAGCUCGGGUUGUUCAAAGAGUUGAGUUUUGGGGUUGAAAGUGUGAGUUUGACGGUGCAUCAGCACGCCAAGUUGGUCUCGCCAUGGAAAUGCGCUCAGGGAGCGGCCCCUUCAAAGGCAGCACACACUUCAUUGCAGAUGCUCUAUGAAGAUACAUUUGCACUGACCUUUGCUUUUACGCCAUUUGAUACUGUCACUACGUUCUCCAAUAUAUACUUCCCCCUUAGGACCUGCCUUGCUGACGUUUUAGGUGCUCACUCUGCACUCUAACAUAGGUGGGUGCUUUGGUGCCAGGGUUGCUUUCAGGAAAAGGAAGAACCUGACUCAGCACACAGAAUCCGCACAUCUUGGCUGUCCCUCAAAGAGGCUCCAAGGUCAGGAGUAAAUAACAUUAGGGCAACCUCACAAGCUUAACUAGUAAGCAUGUCAAGCUAGAUUCUGUGCAAUGCACCUCUCUGCAUCUUGAGCAAGGUGGAGACCUGAAUUUGAGUGAGACUUGCAGGGCAGGGGAGCCACCCUGGAUGAGUCUGAGAAGUUCAGACUGUGGUUUUCAGUCAUUUCCACUCUGGCCCCAGCCCAGCCCAUUCUGACCCUCUAUCCCAGAAGUCUCUUGCAGCUCCCCAAACUUACUUCUCCCUAGAGUGCUGUGUAUGGUAUCUCUCAGGCCUGGGCUGGCCCUGGGCAUGAGCUUAAGAGUGCAAGGCCAAGGAGAUAGGGAAGAUGGCAAGAAAGCUAGAAGUCCAUGUUCCCUUAAUUGUCAUGUUGUUUAUUUUAUCCAAGUACCCUAGAGAAUAGGGGAAAAAUAAACAUGGUGGAAAAAAAAUCAAACAGUGGAGUCUUCUUUAGUGUCAGUCCUUGUGGUUGAAUAAAAAGGAUGGUCCACUUUCUAUUGAGCUGAGAAAUCUUUGAAGUGAGAGUUAUUAUCUGAGACAUUCUUGCUUGUCGUCCUAACAACGCUGAUGAAAUGUAAAAGGUUCUUUGUCAGCGAUUUGUUCUCCUCUCUGUCAAACUCUCUCUGCCCUGUUCGUUUCAAAGCGUUUCUAAAGAGAUAAAAAUCAAACUUCAUUAAAAAAGAAAAGACAUACAAACUAACUGGUAACUUUAGGGCUAAGUCCUGCUUACGGGAAAACAAAAGUAAUGCAGAGACAUCAGGUCCAAGGCCUGUGGAGGUAUGCAGAUGUUGAGGGGCCCUUUGCACAGGUUCUGACACAGGCAUGUAGGCUUCUCCAAGCUCUGGCAUGCACGCAAUCAGUCCAAGUCGGGUCACUCGAGCCUCCUCUGGGGACCCCUCAAGAUCCCAAUAUUCUUGCCUGGGAUCGUAAGGUUGCAGCCAAGGUAUGGUUAAUAUUUCCUGUUCCUCCAAAGACAAUCUCUGAAAAAAAAAAUAGACCCAUUGUGUGUUUCUUCUCAUUAGCAGCAAUCAGCAAGUCUUGUCUGCCAUUAAUAGGAGAGUGGCUUGAGGGAGAGAGACAUUUUUAUAAUUUCAUGUUUUCUUCAGAAUCUUGGCAAUUGGAGUUCAGAAGAUUCAGUUUACAAGAUAGUGACCCCAGAGUGCAUGCAACACCCCCUCCCAUCCACAUAUGCAGUUCUUCAUGUUAUACUGUGCCCAGGAAAAAACUUUCACCAUGUCCAGCUUUCCCCAAAUCUCCUUCAUGUGGUUUUAAAGGUGGUUUAAACAAGCAAGAUGUCCCAGCCUCUCCACUCUGUAUGUGCUGACUAAAUUAUUUGUAAAGUAGUUUUCCCCCCGAGCUGUAACCCAUGCUGUUAUUAUAGUUGCAACAAAAUUUUGUCUCUUGUAUUGAUUUUUAGUUGCUUACUCAAGAUCCCCAUAUGUUUAUUUAUAUUGCUAAUUUAUGGGAAAAUGUAAUGAUUACAGUAAAUGUUAAUUAUACAGACAGGCAAAUGUUUUGUAAUCAUAAUUCACACACACACAAAUCUGACUGAAACCCUAGACUGUUUAGUACCCUCUUUACCCACACUGUUUGUGAUUUAUCAUCUGUCCCCUUCCUAAAUUAUGAACUAACUUGAAAAGUUGUUAUAUAGUACUUGAUUGAAAGUGAUUGUUAAAUGAAAACACAGUUGAAAAAGGUGGCUUAAUCUUGCUGUAAAUAUGUAAAACUGAAUUAAAAUCUGUGAAUGUUUUCCCUUCAAAUACCUUUGUGUACAUGGAGCUUCAUUUGACUAUUUUCUUUGGAAAUAAAGGAUGUGAUGUUUUCCUUCCUCUUUUGAA